AUGGAGGAGGAGGAGGAGGAGCACUCCUCAAAGGGGAAGGGCGGCAGCGGCGGUGGCGGCGUGAAGUUCCGCGGGGAAGCGGCCCGGGCCUACGACCGGGCGGCGGUCGCGAUGCGCGGGCCGCUCGCGGUGCUCAACUUCCCCGAUGAGGCCCCGACGGCGCCCUUGCGGUCGGAGUCAGCGGCGGCGGCGGGGAGGAGGAGUGGAGGGGAUGAACAACAACAUGGGAUUGAGAGAAUUGAAUUGGAGUGCUUGGAUGAUAAAUUGUUGGAUGAGUUGCUUGAGAGUGGUGAGAGCAAUAUCAAAGUUGCCAAGAGCAACUAG